CUGUUGCGCAAGUGACGCUGCUGCUGACAGAAGGCUGAUCGUUGCAAUUCGUAUGACUUUCAAGAGCUUGCUGCAGUUGACUUAGCUUCCCACAAGAUACAACAUGAGAGCGCCAGAGAUCAGACUUUGGAAGGAAGAACCUGUAAGAAAAUGAGACGCUUCAUAUAUUGUUUCUUUUUUUUCACAUUUUUAUAACAGUUCAGAACGAAUACUCAAAGCUUAUAAACUAUGAUGGGGGAAUGUCCAGGAACGCGAUUAUAAACAUUGUUUAACAGUUCAAAUUGAAGGGGUUCUUUAAAGAAAAUAUGACAACUGAAUUUAAUUAUACCGUUUUGAAUACCACUGCUGUUGUCCCGGGAGUUGAUAAUUCCAGUAUAGGAUGUUCAUUAACGAAGACGGGCUUCCAGUUUUAUUACCUGCCUACGGUGUACAUUUUAGUCUUCAUCACUGGAUUCAUAGGGAACAGCGUGGCCAUAUGGAUGUUCGUCUUUCACAUGAAACCGUGGAGCAGCAUCUCUGUGUACAUGUUCAACCUGGCGUUAGCUGAUUUCUUCUAUGUGCUGUCUCUACCCAUCUUGAUAUUUUACUAUUUCAACAAAACUGAUUGGGUGUUCGGGGAGGUGAUGUGCAAGAUGCAGAGGUUUCUUUUUCACGUUAAUCUCUACGGGAGCAUCCUGUUUCUCACUUGCAUCAGCGUCCACAGAUACACUGGGGUGGUGCAUCCUUUAAAGUCUUUGGGGAGGCUGAAGAAAAAGAACGCUAUUUACAACAGUGCACUUGUGUGGUUCAUUGUGGUGGCUGGGAUCUCGCCCAUACUGUUCUUCUCCCGAACUGGCAUCAAGAAAAAUGGAAUGAUGACGUGUUAUGACACCACUUCAUCAGAAUACUUGAGCAGCUACUUCAUUUACAGCAUGUGUACAACAGUGUUCGGGUUCUGCAUUCCCUUUAUAAUUAUUCUAGGCUGUUAUGGAUUAAUAGCAAAAGCUCUGAUUUGCAACGAUAUGGACAACGCACCUCUCAGGAGAAAAUCUAUUCACCUCGUAAUUAUUGUUUUGGCGGUUUUUGCUGUCUCCUAUCUCCCUUUCCAUGUGAUGAAGAAUUUAAACCUUAGAGCCAGGCUAUACUUCCAAAGCCCUGAGAUGUGUUACUUUAACAACAAGGUUUAUGCUACCUACCAAGUGACUAGGGGUCUUGCCAGCCUGAAUAGCUGCGUGGAUCCAAUUUUAUACUUUCUGGCUGGGGAUACGUUUAGAAGAAGAUUAACCAGAGUUACAAGGAAAGCCUCCAAAAGAAGUGACAAUAACCUGCAGUCUAAGAGUGAAGAAACUUCCCUGCAUGUGCUAUCAGAAUACACUGAAAACGGAGACACGCAACUUUGAGUGCAAUGUGUUUCAUUCAAAGAUGUCACUUUUCUUUUGUUGUCAAAGAUGUCAGACUUUUCAUGUGAGCAAAACUAACAUAUGGUUAAACUACAGUGUUAUAGUAUGAGCUUUAUUAUUAAAAAAAAUCUGAAUAUAGCGCUUUUGUUAAGCAUUUGCCAAUACCUGUAUGUUUGUUUACUCUCCACACCCCUGUUUAAUUAGCUGUAGGCCUGUUGUAGUUACGUCCAGUACAGUGCAGGCUAUUUGGUAUUGCAAGAGAACAAUUGUGGGAAUAGUGCAAACCAUUAGGAUAAAAAACUACCUGGAAAUUGUAACUAUUCCAAUGAAAUAACCUUAAUUACAGACUAUGAAUGACUCUAAUCUCUAUUGGCUGAUGUGACUAGGUGUAUGCUGUGAAAGUUUAGUGAAAAGCACUGUUAUGUUUGUAUUAUUCCUGAUGCUGUACAAUAUUUAAUUUGCAUUGUCCUAGAAAAAAAUAUUAGGACUAUGUUGACUGGCCGUUCAGUUUGCAUACAAUGUUUCCCUAAUUCAGCAGUUUUAGUGUAGGGUAUAUUCAAAGUAAGGAAAUGAAUACUGUGUUCUCCCAAACUCGUAUUUAGUUGUAUACUAAAAUAGAAUUCCUUUGUAUCUGCUUACUAAAUUCUUCCAUAGUUUAACCUUCCAUGGAGUUUUAGCUAUUGGGACACAAGAUUGCAAUCCAGGUAUUCUCUUGAUGUCAUAGGCUGCUGCAAGAUAUUAUAAGUGACACCUUCAAACUCUUUUACAGCACAGGAACCAAAACAGAAAUCAACAAAGUGGAUUUUUUCCCCCAAAUGAUGCUUCUGUUAUACUAAUAACAUUUUACAGGAAACUACUAUAGAGCUGAUAUUUUCCAAUGGACAUAAAUAAACUUUUUAAAUAUGUUUAAGCAAUAAAAAUAAAAAAAAAACCUGGAUAGGACACUACACCUUUACUACAAUGCCAGUAUGGUUAAAACAGAUUUUAACAUUUGCAAUGCAUAUUAAUAUAUCAAGUAAAAGACACAUGACUGCAGCAUCCCAAGCAAUCUCUGCUUGAUAUUACACACUGACAUGCAUUCUUAUGUGUGAUCAGCCCUAUGUGCAGUAUGCUCAACAUAUCUACAUUUCAUGAUAUAUGAAGGGAUUGAGUAUAUGUGAUGAUCUUUUUAAUAUAUGUUUGGUAGCAUUACAGUAUAUGGUGUUUUAUGUAAGAUGGAAAAAUAUAUAUAUAUAUAUAUAAUUUAACACCGUUUAUUAUAAACAGUAAUGUAAUUGUUAAAUUAUUGCAUGUAAACAGUGUUAAGUCUAUAGACAAGUUAACUAACUUUUAAUAUAAACUGAUUUCACAUUUCUGUGAUGUACUGUAUGCAUGCAUGUUGCAUGAUGGUAAGACCAGUAACUCAAAUUUACUGAACAAAAUGCAAUGAAACUAUAGCAGUAUUUGACCUUGUACUUGAUAAGCAAACACAUGACACAAUAAAGUUUUUAAAUACUGUACCUUCUACUUUGUGGGAUCUUGACAAACAAUAGUCUAGUCCAGAACAUAAUAAACAUAACAUAAAGUGAAUCAAUAUGUUAUCGAAAGGAAAAUAAUGUGUUAAAGGUGUUCAUUAAACUGAGGCACAUGUUUUAGAACGUGAAAAUCGAUUGCCUAUACACAGUAAUACUACUGUUUCUUAACUGUAUGUAAACUUAACAGUUUACAAUGAUCACAAACAUUUAAUAAAAAUAAAAAAAUGAUUUUACAGUAUAAAGGGCUAUUCCCACUAUAGCGUGUAUUCGCUGCGCUUUCUAUGGUAAUAAAUCGAACCUAUGGAAUUGAAUACUACCUUUCAUACUUGAGCGAAAUUUGCUGUGAAACAAAAAUUGAAACAUGAUCGAUUUUUGGAUGAAAACGCGGCGAUCACCACCUGCUAAAUUUGGAUAUAAUCUGAAGGCAAUAGGGAUCAACUGCUGCAUGGUUAUUGCUCCGAAGAAGAGAAAGAAAGAGAAUGUGGAUUCACCCUACAACAACGAGCAACAGGGAACCCUAGGGUGGUACCAGCGUCUUGUGCAAGAGCUGAAACAUACUGUAUACAUUUAUACAAUCUCAAAUUGUGUUAUUGGUAGCAAAUAAUCUCAACGAUGUUAUUAGUAACAAAAACAUUGUUUAAACAAAAUCAGAUGUACAGAUAGGACUACAAAACAAAGUCAUUUUAUGCAACCUGGUAUGUUUUUUUUUUUUUUUUUUAAAUAAACAAUAGGCCUAUAAAACACAGGUAGAUGGUACUGUCAAUGCACAUGUAACGUCAGACAGCACAGACAAUGUUUUACAUUAUUGGGGGGAAAAUGCACAUUUACUAACAUAUGAUUGACAUAAAACCGUUUAUCAGUUUAAUUUACUGUAAUCAAUCCGUUCCCCCAUCUUGCCUGUGAUUUUGGAGCGCAAGUCUGAAUACAAAAAUAGCAGCGAAACAUCGGGCGUAAAAAAAAACGCAGCGAAUAAACACAUCAGUGUGAAUAGCCCAUAACACUGCUUACUUUUUUUUUUUUUUUACUGAUUUUGUUAACAGUACAAGUUGCAUUUCUGACCAAUGAGCAUUAAUACAUUCCUAAAAAAAAUAUUUGAAAAACUGGGAGCAGCGUUAGGAACAGGGAACAGUAGGCCUACCUGUCUGUGUGGGGGACAGCAAGCAAUUACAGUCCAGACUACAGUGUACAUAUACAAUAUAUUACCUGCUGCUUGGAAAUAAACAUAAGACAAAGAAAUAAAAUAAAAGUUUUAUAUUGCUAUUGAAAAUAUUGCCUUUUUAUUUCAAUAAUCAUCUUACUGUCAUAAGUACUUUAAUGUGUACUUUAUUUGAUUAUUUUGCUAAUUUUUGUAGCUCCAUAUGGUGCUACACAAAACAUACUUACAACAAUAGCAAAAACUAUUUAUUGUGUUUGUUUUCUGUAUACUUGUUAUAAGAAGUAUUUUUCCUUUGUGACCUUCACAGAUGUCAUUAUUUAAAGUAUAUUGACAUAAUAUACUUUGUGAUGGUGGUCCACUAUGAAAAGCACUAUAUAAAAAUAAAGAUUAUUAUUAUUAUUAUUAUUAUUAUUAUUA